UCCCUAUCCAGCAUCUCGUUCCGCGCGUGGCUCGUUUGCCGGCACGAUGGAUUCUAUUCUUUGCAUGAUUUUGCUGAUUUUGGUAAGAAAUCAUGCUUCUGAGGCAGCUAGGUUGAACCACCCGCGUGUGUUACUACCAAUAUUCGAAGACAAGGCAAUAAACUUUACCCUGGAAGUCGACGAGCCGAACUGCUACAAAUGGUCGUCCUCACGCCAGGACUUGAUAUCUGUCAUGCCCAUUUACAAGGGCUUCAGCGAAUGUGCAUACCAGGCGGUGGUGACAGUCCGCACUCACGAUCGUCGGAGGAACACUGCAAUCGUCUUCGCCGAGGAAGUACAAACGGGCGAGACGCUGCGUUCCGACGUGAUUGUGGAUGUCAUUGCUAGUCUAAAUGUGCGCACCGCCACUCGACAACUUUACCUGGAGGAGGCGCCCGCCAUGUUCGAGCUGCACGCCUUUGAUGAACAAGGCAACGAGUUUUUUACCUUGGAGGGAAUCGAGUUUGACUGGGAGAUUUUGGAACCCGGUAGCAAAAGGCCCACCGCAAUGCGAUACCUCACGUUCACGGACAGUCCGUACCACACUGUACCGCCCACCAUUGAAAAGUUUGAAGCCGACGGCAAGAAGGGGCACAUGAUCCUCCUUGAGGGCAUUAAUACUGGCACCGCCAAGGUGACCAUCGCCAUGCCUCAGGCCGAGUACAAGCAUGUGCGGCCAGUUGAGGUGUACAUCAGCGUUCUUGCAAACAUUAUAAUUGAGCCUUCCGAAGUCACCAUAAUGGCUGGAGACUCCGUCUCAUUUCGCAUUCUGCAGCUGAAGAUGGACCGACUGCACGUUAUAGACAACAAUCAGUAUUAUUUGGAGGUGGAGGACUCCAGCAUUGCAUACCUUCGUGGAAACAGUGCCACCGGAGCGGCUCUGGGUCGCACCCAGGUCUUUCUGCGAGACCGCAACAUGGCGGACUCUGAUGAGGUCCAAAAGGGACCCAGCGCUCUAUUGACUGUGGCAUAUCCGAAUAGGUUGUCCAUCAGUCUGUUGCCCCAUCUCAAUUGGGUGACAGUACAAGGCGAGCAUCACGCUAUAGCAUUGGAUCUUUUUGCUGCCGACGGUCAGAAGAUCACAAUGGGCACUAAAUAUUCAAUCAACUCAGAGGUGGAUGAAUCCUUUUUCGCCAUUGUUGAUCGUACUCGCAACGGAAGCCGCCUUUUCGGUCAAGCAAAAAAAGAGGGAAUCACUCAGGUGUAUGGCUCAUAUAAAGACCUGUCGGUACAAGCUGAGCUUCAGAUAUUUGAGGAGCUUCAGUUAGCGCCAACCAAGGUGGUGUUGCCAUACGAUCCUAACAGCUUAAAACCUUUAAAGCUGCAGUUUCAUGCAUCUGGCGGAGAUAACAACUACGCUUGGUUCUCCGGAAAUCCACAGGUGAUCCAGAUUGACACCCAGGGCCAAGCCACAACUGAAAUCCGCGACGUGAAAUCCGCUUACGUGAACCAGGAGGUACUGAAAGAUGGUGGUAAACUGACCGCCCACACCACCGUCAAGGUGGCUCUAUCCAAGAACCAGAAAAUUUCCCGUGUGGCACAUAUCUACUUUCUCCCCCCUGAGCGCCUUCAGAUCACGCGGAGCAACUUUGAGACCGCCCUGAAGGACUUCGUACACGUGCAUGUGGGCGUAUACGCUCGAAUAAAUAAUUCAGAGGUUCCCUACACAAGUUGUGAUAAUCUUCACUUCCAACUAGACUUCAGCCAGCCCAUUCUGCAGUUGGAGGGUAAUGAAGGGGCGGAGGCUGCUCACGAGGCGUGUCAUGUGCUUCGGUUGCGGGCCACCGCUGUGGGCACCACCUCGCUACGCGUUUCCUAUAUGUAUAUGGACAAAGUGCUUUACGACAUUAUUGAUUUGUAUGUCUUUGAGCCAUUAGUCGUGCUAAAUCCAAUAGAAAACGAGGUUGUUCUUCCCGUUGGGUCAUCCCGUAAUAUAAUUUAUGCUAAUGGGCCGCAGCGCAGUUUUACGGUGGCAGCAGAAAUCAUACAAUCUACCGCUUUUGAUGAAAAAAUAUUAAAAGUGUCUAAAUUAGAGUUCGACACGCAAAAUUUGAUAACUGCGUUCACCGUGCUGUGUCGUGAGCUGGGCGAGACGCAGUUCACUUACCGAGUGCAUAAUAGCCUUCCCACCUCAAGCUUUGCCUUAUAUCAAUCGGAGGUGACCACAAAGGUGCAUUGCGUCCGUCCUCGCUUCCUAAAGCUCUACGCUCGCCAUAACCUGCGUGACUCCUGCCCCCUGGAGAAGCGCACCUCGUUAUUAUUCCUGAAAGAUCCAGAGAAUAAAAUUGAAAUUGAAAUCGAGGUACACGAUUCAAAUAAUCGUAGGCUCAUGAAUAUCAGCUCACUAGGGCUUGACUGGGAGUUUUCCGCUGGUGAAGAGCGAUACCAGAAGAACAUUAUCCCGCACCGUCAGAUUUCUGAAUUGGAGUUCAAUCAUGGAGUUACCCUGCCGAGUCGCGACCUUCUUGUCUUGACAUUGAGUGAAGUGGCGACCAACUUCCGCAUUAAGGGAACGGUGUCCCAGUAUAACGACAAGCUACUUGCCCAACACGGUAUUCACGCGGAGCGUCCUCCCUUUGGAAUCAAAAAUCCUCAGACGGGUUUAAUAUACACUCCUCUGAUUGAAAAUGAAAUUAGGUUACACGCCGUUAACAGUACGUUGUUGCCAAAAGAUUACAUGAGCAUUUUUCUGGCCUCGGGCUAUAGCGAGCGAAUACCAAUCGCCCAGGGCAGCGGCUACUUGCAGCUGGAGCUCUCCGAGGCAGGUAUUGUUCAAGUUGAAUACAAUGAAAAUACCCGAAUCCUAGUGCUGACGCCACUACGCCUUGGCCAUGUUCGUCUUGAGUUGACCGACCGUUGCUUAAUGAACGAACCCAGCCAUUUAUCCAUCUCUGUGGUUGGAAUCGGGGCUAUUGAGGUAGUUAGCAUGGACCGGCUAGAACGCACUACUAGAAUCGAAGCUAUCGUAAGGCUUUUUGAUACCAAUGAUAAUCUCUUGCUUGUGGACCAGAGCAAACUUAGUGCGUACGAUUUAUCCGAGGUUGUCGCAGACCAAAGUAUACUGAGCGUGCGCCUAGGCGAGCAGGAAAAUGUAGGACCCGGAGAGAUCCGCUACACAAUUACGGGCAACCAAGUCGGCGAAACCAAAAUAUUAUUUCAGUCUGGCAAGGGCAUUUAUAAGGUGGCAAGCGACCCUCUAAAUAUUCAAGUUUUCGCUCCAAUUCGUCUCUUUCCGCGCGACUCAACUCUAGUGGUGGGCAGCAGUAUACAGGUGUACUUCCAUGGAGGACCGCACCCAAAUACCAACAUGAUAAUCUCAGUGGAGAAGGAGCAAGUAGCAACUAUAAGCUCUACUGUUGUUACGGCCCAUAAGCUGGGGACCACCAAAAUCGUAGGCAAAUGUCUUCUAAAAAACCCUGUCACUGGAAAGGACGAGGUGGUCUCCCAGGACUCGGUGGAGGUACACGUAGUGGCUCUGAAAGGAGUACAGAUUCGAACGCCUUUGGUCCGCAUUCAUAGUGGGGCCGUAAUGCCAGCUACCUUGUGGGGUCUUUCUGAUUUGUCGCCCAUGAUUUUGGGUACCUUGCAAAACACUAAAAUCUCCUGGAAAGUAAGCCAACCACAGGUGGUUGAGAUAUUUAAUGUAUUUACAACUGCAGGAAUAGAGUAUCAGAGUGGGGAUUUGAUAUCAGUUAGAGUAAGAGCCCUCAAUCCUGGAAAGGCAACAAUCACGGCAUCGGUUACUUUGGCAGACGGAACAAUACUGCCACCAGCUACAGUGGACUUACAAGUUUUUAAAACAUUGGAGCUGGUAACACCAAAUGCCAUUAAAAUGGAUUCAAUUUUGGCUGCGCCGCGAAGCAUUCUUCAGCUUAAAUCUAAUAUGGAUAAUGUGGUCUAUAAACUGGACGAUCGAAGUAAUGGCAUUGUCAGUGUAACACCAGAUGGCCUUGUACACACAAAGGACUCUCUUGGCCGUGAUCUGAUAAUUGCGACGACCGCGGACCAAUCCCUACCCAUAGGAAUUGAAGUUAAAAAUGUGCAAUACAUUUUAGUAACGCUGAUGCCAAUCCUCAAAUUAAGAGAGCUUGAACACAAAAUCCCGCGUGGAAUGAACUUUGUGUUUAAAGUGUCGCUUCACGACAAUUUAGGCAACGAGCUGUCGCACAACAUCGAGGAUUUCAACGGACUACGAUAUGAACUCGGCAACAAAGAUGAUGUGGAUGUCCAGAUAGAUAAUAAUCUAACGUUUGCGUUGAACUUGAUGCGAGAGACCAACAAUGUCAUUGGCAUUAGUCUAAAGGACUCAACGGGUGUCAAGCACUCCAUGGACUUCAUAAAGCUAUCUGUUGUCGAGUCGGACAAUUUAUUUCCCACCAAGACUAUUUUCUCUGUUGGCGACAUAAUUUGUUUCGAUUCACCUUUAACGUUGUCAUCGACUUGGCGAAGCUCCAAUGAGCAGAUAGUUUACAUUAAUAAGCAUACAGGCAUUGCCCAGGUGUUAAGUCAUCGACUAAAGCCGGGAGAAAAGAUUGAGAUCACUAAUGGCGACGAGACAAAACGCGGCGGAUUUUUAAAGUAUGACCUGGAAGUUCGCGAAUCGGAUACGAUUUUGUUUGUCAAAUCAGUGGACACAUUUAGCGGACCAGAAUAUCGGGGACAACUAGUUAUUCGCAACCAUUUGCAGUCCGAAAAGUAUAGUAACCUUAUUGCACAAAAUGUUUCAAAAUGUGCCAGGGAAUUGGGAAGCGUACCGGUGAAUUUCUUUACAUGUCGCCUGGCGGCCAAGGAUGCUCUGGGACGUAAUUUACUAAAAAUGUAUAAAGUUGAUGCAUUGUUUGAGCCUAGCAUCGGGCAGUACUCUUGUCGACUACAGUUGCUCACCGGUUUUAUUGAGUUGCUAAGUAUUGUCAAGACACACGACGUCUACCUGGAGCUGGAGGCAGUGGUGGCCAAAGGAGUUUCCGAUAAAAUGUCAUUGAAAUUAGUACCCGGUAUCAAAGUUUUUCCUGAAUCAGUGCGUGUCACCGACCUAAAGCCACAUGAAAUUCAUAUAAGCGGACUAGACAAGGCGUUGCUCAAGGUUCAGGUGAAGCCAUCGGAUUCAAAAUACUUUGCUGUGGACUUUAUCGAGCAUGGACAUGGUUUAAGCAAAUAUCGUUUGGAACUGUUUGAUGACCUUCCGCUGGAUGAAAACUUUUACAUUUUAGUAGUUUCACCGGACACCAAACAAAGCAUCGAGGUGCCCAUUAUCGGCAAUACCAUGCUGGCCCCGAAGUGCACUGACCGCCGAUAUGGCGGUCCUCUUGUGUAUCGGAUACUGGAGAAUUUGGGCUUCGUCCUGACUACGACUGUUAUUGUAAUCAUUUCCAUAUGGGUAUACAUGUCUUGCUUUCAAACUCAGGGCGUCACGCAAGUGAAUUUUGAAGCAUUCAAGAAAGGGAAGUCGAGGACGGAGUUGAUGCAACAAUCUGGAAGAAGCAGUCAAGACGAUACAUUUGGUGACUCCUUUAACGUACGUAACUUUUCUCCGGAUCGGCGAAGACCCCCAUCGAAUGCUUUGUCGGAGUCGUAUAUUUAUGGACACCCUCGUUUGAACUCUUCAAACAGAUCAGAAAACUCGACUAGCUUUAGUUAGUUGGAUACGUAAAUUAAAGACUGUCAGCAAACUGACUCGGGUUUUUUGUAAAAUAAUAUAAGAUAAACUCAGGCAUUUGUAAUACUUAUAUGCAGCUUCUGUCCUUUAAAGUAAAUUCUUCUCAUCCUGACGCCAGAAAAAUAGUUUGUUAGGAUAAGUCAAUAUUUGUUAUGGAAUAGAAGAAUUAAAAAAAGAGUGAGAUUGCAACGUCACAAGUUUGUCAGAUAAGCUUACGUUUGUUCUACGUUUCCGCAAAACACAACUAGUUUUUAAAUAAACAUCAAUUAAAAUGAAUAUAUAUGUACAUAUUAAAAACCGUUCAAAUGGUGAAUAUCAUUGUGAACGGCAGCCUACGUAGGAACGUUAAGCCACGAGAAGUGGUGCGUAAGGAGACUAGAGCCGUAAAGCUGAAAGUCUGUAUCCUGAUCAAAAUGUAUUUCAAGGCUCUGUUUAAACUAUAUAUUAUAUUGUGCAAAGUGCAAAGGGAAGCGUAUGCUUGACGUUCUUAAAUCAUGGGAACUAGGUAAGAAUCUGCACUCUAGAAUUAAAUAUAAAAAGUGGAUUCGUUUUUUUUUUUGGUUGUACGGCUCAAGCUCAAAAUGUUCAGCGAAUUUUUUGAAAACUUACAAGCAAGAAUUCCGUGCUUACACUUUCUGAGAACCUUACGUGCUAUAUGUUAUUUAAAUGGUAUUAAUACAAAUGCAAAUCAUUGCAUUUACAUUUCGAAUAAAAUUUAAAGCUCAAAAUGUAACAUUUUUCAAAAACAGAUAAGUGUUUUUACCUAAAUACAAACAUUUUUCAAUUGCCAACUGCCGUCACGGCUAUUUGAAUUGUGUUUUUUCCGAAAUAUGCUUGAAUUUUGGGGUAUCCCAGCCGUUCUUAAAUUUAUUAAUUUAUUUAUUGAUAACUUGGGAUACACACUCAAACACUACGGCACGUCAGCUGUGCGAUAAUAUUUCGUUGUUAUCUAAGUUUGUCUCUCCCACGCUCUCUCUCUCUCUCUCUCUCUCUCUGCUGUUCGCAGUGCAAUUAAGUGCUUAACACAUUCGCUUUUGUAACCCAUGCAAGCGCACAUGGGUACCAAAUUUCGCUCACAAAAUAAAACACAUUUGGAAAUCGCUACCUAUAUAAAAUCCGUGUUUCUCUUUUCUAAAAAUAGCUUAAUAACUUAAAAACGCUUGUUAGCUCAACACAUAUAUUGUUUUUUAUUUAUAUAAAUCCAUGAAUAGUUGAGAUGAUAUCGACGAAUAUAUAUGUAUAUUCAAAAUUAGUUUUUCGAUUAUAUGAUAUUUGGAACACGUAAUACAUAAGUCCAAACAUUUACAAGAGAAAAUAAUGUAGUCGAAUAUGCUAUAGUAGAAUAUAUAUGGAUUACUAAUUAUCGAACCCACAGUAGGCGAUGCAACAUUUUUACACCCAUUACUCGUAGAGUAAAAGGGUAUACUAGAUUCGUUGAAAAGUAUGUAAAAGGCAGAAGGAAGCGAUUCCGACCAUAUUAGGUAUAUACAUUCUUGAUCAGGAUAUCCGAGUCAAUCUAGCCAUGUCCGACUGUUCGUUUGAACGUCGAGAUCUCAGGAACUAUAAAAGCAAGGUGGAGAUUUAGCAUACAAAUUCUAGAGGCAGACGCAGCGGACAAAAACGGGCACCACACUGCCACGCCACCACUUUUAAAAAAUAUGUUGCUUUUUUCCUUCUUUUUAUUGGUCCUGUAAAUUUAUAUCGGUUAGACGCGCCCUUUGUAACGCCCAAAAGCCUCCAGAAACUGCCACGCCCAUACUUUUGAUAAAUGUUUAGAUUUUUCUUUGUUUGUUUGUCUCGCCAAUUAUUAUCUGUUUACCAAAAACAGUGGCCGCUCCCAUCCUCUCACCUACAAAACGUUCAAAACGGUCACACCCACUUUUAAAUAACUUAUUUGCCAUUCAAAUACCCGAUUUCUGAAAAACCAGCAGCAAAUUUGGAAAAAAUGGAAUUCUUCUGGUUACCUUGCAUAGAUUAUAUUGACUUCAGUAAAGAGUCCGAAACAAAUUGAAGUCAUUUCCAAAUUUUUAAAGUCUUCUGUCUAUUGCUCGUAGUAUAUUAGCCGGAACGGGCCGGACCACUAAAUCUUAUAUCUGCAGCGGGAAU